AUGGCCUGUUUGGUCGCCUUCAUCAUGUACGUAACACCUGAAAUACCAAAGACACCCAGUUACCACUUCAACCGCCUCGUCUGCAUCUUCUGGACCGGCAGAUUCUUCUAUUGGAUCUUCAUAGUCAUCGCCUUCCAAUUCUUCUUCUUCUUCGCCGUCUAUCAUCUCCUCGAUGUGACUGGUGCUGAUCACUACAAGAUGAUAUCAGAAGAAUAUCAGAUACCCACCUACAGCACCACAAUCACCGUCUUCAGUGUCUUUAUCACCCUACCGCAGGCGUUCGCUGAGAAUAUCGUGGGUGAUGAGUGCAACUGCUCCAAUCGUAAAAUGAAGAUGCCCUACCUAUCACUCGCAUAUGCCCAAGUCUAUGACUGGAUUGCAAUUCUAAUUUUCGACCUUCUUUUCGGCGAUGUUCAACGUGUGGAAGAAACUUGUAUGGGCGCAGGGACGGAUAGGUCGAUGCUUUACGUAACAUACUGGGAGCACAAGUACGAACUUAAAGGCCCCUACCUGCGUUUCACCGGUAUCCUGCAACUGCUUGACGCAGCUGUGAGGUCGCCGGCCCCCAGCAACUUCCGUCUGAUUUCCGGUUCAUACACCACUUUUUAA